UAUUUUUUAUGUCAGGGGUAAGUUCGUUUAAAAACAAAAACAUAAACCUGCUCCACCUCAGUCGUGGAAUCUUAAGAGGAGGGGAAAGUAUCUAGCUGCAGGAAUAAACUGUUGAACUGUGUAGCUCCAGCAGGGAGUGCACUCUGUCUGAUCAACCAGCGAGGGCUCUUCAGUGCUCUUUGAAUCUGCUCCUCUUCAGAAGACAGUGUUCUAAGCAACGUUUGCUUCAAGCUUACAGACUUGGGAAAACAGACUUUCAGUCACACUCCCUGUGCACUCACUGCACACAUUAUUUACAAAGCAGCCUGGAUCAGAAAAUGCAAUAGAAUCCCAAACUUCCAAUUGUCGGGUUCUGGUAUUCCUCUCUCGUAUUCAAUUCUCGCUGGGAUUUUAAAAGUCACAUUUCAGUAAUAUUUUCUGUGGACUACAGUCACAAUCAUGGAGUUAUUAAUUUAUCUGGUGCUUGUGUCAACGCUGUACCUGGGAGCAGUUGGUGACUUUGACGGCAGGUGGCCGAGACGGGCGUCCUCCUCAAAUGGACUGUGCCGCUAUGGAGCCCGCAUUGAUUGCUGCUGGGGAUGGACACGGCGGUCCUGGGGCCAGUGUCAGCCUCUCUACAGAGUAGUCGGGAUAAGGUGCCAGCCCCAAGCUGUCUGCCAACCUGGAUGUAAACAUGGGGAGUGCGUGGGACCAAACAAGUGCAAAUGUUACCUAGGAUACACAGGAAAAACUUGUAACCAGGACGAGCAGGAUUAUGUUACUCCCCCAAUGUGGGACAGUCACCCUCCUCUCUUUCUUCCCAUGGAUCACCAACCAGCAGGUGCACCUACAGCGGAUCUCAAUGAGUGUGGACUGAAGCCCAGACCUUGUAAACAUAGGUGUAUGAACACCUAUGGAAGCUACAAAUGUUACUGCCUGAAUGGAUACAUGCUCAUGCCUGAUGGAACAUGUGGAAAUGCCCUCUCCUGCUCCAUGGCAAACUGUCAGUACGGCUGUGAUGUGGUAAAAGGAGAGACUCGCUGUCGCUGUCCAUUACCUGGGCUACAGCUGGGGCCUGAUGGCAGGACCUGUGUGGAUGUGGAUGAAUGUGCCACUGGCAGAGCUGUGUGCCCUAGAUUUCGGAAGUGCAUCAACACCUUUGGAAGUUACAUCUGCAAAUGUCAUGAGGGAUUUGACCUAAAAUACAUCAACGGAAAAUACCAGUGCAUAGAUGUGAACGAGUGUCUUUCCUCUGUGCACCAGUGCAGCAGCUUUGCAAUGUGUUACAACACACCAGGCUCGUACAAGUGCAAAUGUAAAGGAGGCUUCAAGGGGACUGGCUUGGAAUGUAAACCCAUACCCAAAGUCAUAAUUGACCCACCUCUACCAGGCAAAAAAGAAGAUACGAGAAAUUUGAACACCACAAAAGGCAACGGAUGUCAAAAUAAAAUCCCUGAUUCUGAUUGUGACAGAAAGAUAACCACCGCCCGUGUACCUGUAACCACCAGAAAAACUACCACUACAAUAAAAACCACAACUACCAAAUCCAUCAUAACUACUGCACCACCAAAGAGAACCACCCCAGCCCCCAUUGUCACCAGGAAGACUGUGGUGACCAAAAUGCCAAUUGUAACUACAGCUCCAGAGAGAGAUACUACUGUGGACAACAGGAUAAAAAAUGAAGUCUCCCCUAAACCGAGAGGGGAUGUGCACAUUCCUCGGAACCCUGGAGAGAACAAUAUCAUAAUUGGAAGCAUCGAACUGGGAGAGACUGCCGAUGGCGAGGAAGCCAGAGACGAUUCAGAUGUUAUUUUACACAGUUGUAGCUUUGACCAUGGUCUGUGUGGAUGGCUCAGGGACAGAGAAAGUGACCUACACUGGGAAACAACCUCAGAUGCUGCAGGUGGAAAAUACUUGACGAUUCCUGAAGUUUUUGGUAAGCGAGGUGGAAGAGCAGCCCUGUUGGCUCUUCCUCUGAGGCAGCCGGUGGACUCGGGGGAGCUGUGCCUCUCGUUCAGGCACAAGCUGUCGGGGCAGCACUCCGGUUCCAUGCAGGUGUACGUGAAGAGGAACGGGGCACAUGGCCCUGCGGUGUGGGGCAGGACUGGUGGACAUGGCUGGAGGCACACCCAGAUCACACUGUGGGGGGCUGGCUUGCAGAGCGUCAUCUUGAAAGGUGAGCGAUUGAGCGAGAGGCUUGGAGAGAUCGGCCUAGACGAUAUUAGUCUGACAAGGGGGUCCUGCUCUGGGGAGCACACUCUGAGGAGACAUUAAUACAAUGUGCAGAAUUGGAGCAGAUUCCACUUUUACCAGGAGACUGAGCUCCAGGGGAAAAUGCAGCCUUGUCAGAGCAAUUCCAGUGAACCGGGCCCCUCAAAAUAAGAGAUUCUUCGAGGGCAAGAGAAAACUUUACCAGAACUGGAGAGUUUCUAUUUUAACUUCCUCCCCUUUCUUGUAUGUGAAUCCUGGAUGUAAUUGCUGCAUGCGCCAUUAAUGCUGAGGACUGCAGUCCUCAAACUGAAGCCAUCUCUUGCUUAUGAAGCUUAUCCUUACUUUUCCAAACACAGUGGAUUCUGUUGUGUUGUGCAUGUCAUGUAUUUACUUCAAGCAGUUACUGUAUGCUUUGUAAAAUUAGUAUCUACAUGUUUUUCCCCAAUGCUUUGCAUACUGUUUUCACCCUGCUUAUAAACAGUAUAUGUAUAUCUUUAACACAUCAGAUUUAGUUUAACCUCUAAGGGUUGUAUCGUCUCUAGUUAACAAAUGUUUGCUUUGCAUUGAUAUUGUUAUGACUGUCUAAUAUUAUCAAACAAAAGUAUAGUACUUGGUAAUAACUGCCAUUUUAAAAUAUUGAUUGCACUUCUAUGUAUUUUAUUAGCUUAAUAGAUUUGUUCUGCCCCCUUAGAAUGUUAAAUGGGCACAUUGGUGCUAUUUUAUUAUACUGAUAAAUGUAUUGAUUUAUUUUCAUGUUAAAUCUAUUUAAAACAUAAUAAUAAUUAAGACAUUUUUGUUUAACUCCUAUACACUGGUCAAACGUAUCAUGUUUUUCAUAAAUACAGUAAAGGAUUAAAACAAACAUAUCAUUAAUAUUCAUUUGUAACAUUCAGACUAUAGAUAUUAUUAUAUAGUCAUUUUCAAAUUGCACCAUUUCUUAUAAUCUAUUGUCCUAACGACUAAAACCAAUGGAAACCUCUUGUGAAAUAGGAUGACAUAGCAAGUGCCUUGGCAUUUAACUAGUUAGUGGAUUACAGUAUAUUAAUUUAAAGUGCCAGGAGAGUAUUGCUUGUUUAUGGUUUUAUAGCAAGCUGUCACCAUGGGCCAACACACAGCACACACAGGCAAAGUAAUACCACUUUUUUUGAGAUAUUAAUGGGAAUUUGAUCAAAGUAUGAGGUGUCAAAAAGGAAAUCAUCACAUUAAACCAAAGUGUGAAAACUAUCUACAGUGCUGUGCUGAAUUAAUAAUGUAUACCUUUAACUGUACACUCUGUGUAUUAAUCUUCAAAAAAUUAUACAUGUGCUAUUUGUGGUAGUGUUGUUAAACCAUGUGUUCAUUUUGGAACUAAUUAGAAAAAAAAGAUCAAGCAAGCAGUAACCCCUGAAUCAACUAAUCAUGGAUUAUCACCAGAUAUCACAAGACAUUUUAAACAAAAUUAAAUAUUACAUUUUCAUAUA